AUGGCAGCAGGUACAGAAGCGACCAUCAUGGGCAUGUUGUUGACGAUGAACGAGAGUGCGAGUGGGACUAGCGGCUGCAUCCAGCAGCCAUCGAGACAGGUCCUUGCAUCCCUGCCCUUGCUCGUCUACGAAUACAAGGAUGCUGACUCUACUGCCACUGCUGCCACAGCCACAAAAAAGAUGCUCAUAUAUAGCCUUUCCGAGCGGAGCAUCGUCUACACGACGCACGGCAGGCCUCGGCCUCAGCCUCAGAUCAUGAUGGAUGGAAAUAACUUCUGCCUCAGCACGCCUCAGGGAUGGGUGCUCAUCCUCGGACAAGCCUCCGACGCCUGGCUGUGGCACCCGCUCACCGGAGAGACCAUCACCCUCCCACCAAUCCAAGACGACCACUACAUCCCCGUCAACUGCAAUUGCCUGCUCACCCACAACUCCGCCGCCCACCCAGACUGUGCCGUCGUUCUCCUCGAUGUUGCCGAUCCUCUCAUGUGGUUCUGCCGGGUCAAUGGCGGGACUGACCGGAGGUGGGGGCAGCACACCUACGACAUUGGUGACUGCGACAUCCCCGAGGAGUUCCGCACCUCCUCCACGCCCACGAAGAACGUCAUUCCCAACGUUGCCGCACUGAGAGGGAAGCUGCAUUUCUUCUUCAUAGAAUCAAACCAACACAAGAUGUGCAUCGUCGACUUGGAUUUCCCGCCUGAUCAUGCCAGUCCUCCUGCCGCAGAGUUCCACGAGUUUGAUGUCAAUAAUCUCGAGUUCCCCGAUGAUUUGUGCUCUGGGACCAUCUGCUUGGUGGAGUCCAUGGAUGAGCUCUUUGCCGUCUGCAUCUGCUAUGUGGAUUUUGAUCCCACCAACAUCGGAGCCGUCGUCAUCUACAAGAUGGAAUUCUGCGGUGAGAAACCUGUAGCCUGGCACCGGGUGCAUGGUAUUGGGGAAGAUAGGGCUUUUCUUCUGACAGAGAUGAAUAUGGCAACUUGGUGCUCAGCAAGUGCCCAUAAUAACCUUCAAGGAAACACCAUUUGUUUUCUCAAGAAAUCAUUAGUGUCUGGCGACAACAGGGAUCUAUGCAUAUAUGAUAUUCAGAAGCAAACCAUGGAGAUUGUCCAGGUUCACAACGAAGAUUUGAAGAUCGUGCGCAUGCCGCCAUACUGGAUUAAUGUACCUCCGUGCUAG